ACGGUUCUUUUUUGGAUUGCUCGACGGUCGAUCUACAAUUUUGUUGGUUCGUGAUGAUGCUUGUUUGUUAUUCUUAACCUACAAAUCACGUAAUUUCGCCAAAGUCAUUUAGUGGGGGCUAACGAUACCUUUUGAAAUCAGUGAUGAGUGAAAAUUUCUUGGAAUGAGGUAGAAGCCAUGAAAAUUUGUUAGAGCGCUGGUGUCUGAUGCUUCUUGGGAUUUAGAGAGUGUUUGAAAGUAGAAAUAUGGAGUACAAGAGCUGUAUUAGGAUACGAGGGGUGCCGAUCCUCCCGCCCUUGAUGACAGAGGAGCUACGCUCGGAGAUGUCCUACUACAAACAACUAGCCCUCUCCGUCGAGGAGAAGCUUUCCCGUCAACGUUUGACUCCCGAGGGUUCCCCUGACACAUUAAAAACUGCCUCGACUCCCAGAAUCUCCCGAAAAUCCUCUAAAGCUUGGUCAAAGACUGAGGAGACCCUCUCGGAUGACGAGACGACCUUGACAAAGUCCACGGACUUGAAUAAAUACCUGGUUAACCCGUCCGACACAUCCGAGGGCUCCUCAGAGACCUCGAAGCCCCAAAUCCCCACAUCCCUGGACAUUGUUCCGAUAACUCUAGAUCCCCAGCCCCUGAAGAAGUCGAAAUCUUCAUCGAGUAUUCAAAAUUCUCAAGAGGAGCCCAGGAAGCUCGUGAGACAGGGCUCCUACACCCUCGACACACCCUCUCCGAUGCUUCUGGCUCAUAUCGAGGUUAACAGACGUGACUACGUGCCUACAGACCAACAGAAACGGAGAGAUUGGGGGUUGAAUAACAGCAAAGGCACCUGGAUGUGCCAGAGUUCCUUGGAAAAUGGGAUUGGAGAGCCUGGGAAGGCGAAUCACAGGGUCAAUGGCUCCCUCGAGUCCAUUCAUGUUGAAUCCUCCGGGAGAAAUACGAAGAAAACCUUCAGGGGGGCUCUUGGACGCUCGAAGUCCAGUCAUGAAGUGAAGAACCGAUAUCGUGAUGAGCAGAAUCGAAAUCUGGGGGACAGAAGUCGACAUUUGGGUAGGAGUCAGGGAUUAUACGAGGAGAGUAGGAACAGAGAGGGAGGAAAUCUAAAUUUGAGAAGGAGGGAUUCAUAUUCCGAGAAGAUUCAAGAUGCCAAAAUCGGUGGGAAACAUUCCGAUAGUCCAAAUCGAAUUUCCAACUGUCACAAUAGAAAUUCCAAUGAUGAAAAUCGAAGUUCCUCGAAAAAUCAGUCGUUGACUCGGGAUAUCACGAGUCCCGCUCGAGAAUCCAAAUCGAGGAAUCAAAAUUUAGACACAGCCUCUCAGACAGAGUCGACGCCAAAAAAUUUGGAAACGAAAAAUCAAAAUAUGUCGUAUAAUGAAAACAUUCGCCUGCAGCAUCGAAACGUCGAGUCGAGAGAAUUCUACCUGGGGGAGAAGAAGUUGGGAGGCUCCCUGGGGGAUCUGUUGAACUCCUCUAACGAUAUAUCGACAAAUGAACCUGACGAGAGGAUGACAAAAAGUCUCGAUAUGAAUGACUUCGAGGCAGGGACGUCUGAACGACUUUUGGGAGUCUUCCAGGAAAUCCAGAGGACCCACGACAGACAAAUGGCAGAUCUGAUUGAGCGCCAGCAAAAGGAGCAGGCGUUCAUGCAGCAGGCGUUCGAGAAGCAGCAGCUGAUGCUCUUGGAGCAAAUCGACAAGACUUUUCCAGGGAUUUCCAUUAUGGAGUUGGUGAAGAGGGUUGGGGAGGGAGUCCGAGAGAGGGUGAGAGAUGAACAACGGCUAGAGGCAGAGAAUGACCAAGGGUUAGCGGAGAGGGACACCAGGAAGGAUUGGAAGAACGAGGAUUUCUCGAGUUCCUUUGACUCCGAUGGGAGCAUGAGUAUUAAUCUAGUGGAGAGCGGAUUGGAAGGGAGCCCGGAUGGGAAGAUGAGGGGUGUCAGCAGACAACUGUUCCCGUUGGAAGUGCAGACCAGGAGGAUGCCUGUGGCCAAUGGGGGUCUUCGUGAUCCGAGACAUAUUCACGCAGCGACAGUAAUAAAUGCAUAUGCUCGUGGCUUUUUGGUUCGUAGAAUGAUGAAAACAGAGCAAAUAAUAUCACUGAAAAACACUUACCGUGAGGCACUCCACUGUAUGUUGAAAUUGACCGUAGAUGCACCGCUAGAACUCGCAGAAUUGAAUUUUCACAAGCGUUUGCAGCUGCAGUGUGACGCUGCAUCUAUGAAUAUCGUUGAAUUAUUUUCACAGAGUCCAUCGAAGAGAAUGGAAAUUAUAGCUCACGACAGACAGAUAAAAAAGGUGAAGACAGACCGUCCUUCUUCCGCCAGGUCAUCAAUGUCAUUUGCCACACAACGGACACUGGCGCGAAAAAAAUUGAAAGAAUUGGGAAUUUUUCAACUGCCAGAGGCGCAGAGCACCUCCAGAACUCGAUGUCAGACGUGGACAUCAAACAAUCGAGAUAAAAAGUCACCAGGAAUUGUUUACAGGGGUAUCAAGAGAAGUACAAGCGCUGGUGCCGUCCGGAAGCCCUGGCGAUGAGCCCCUCCGAGUGCCUUAACCACAAAAGAAAAAGAAAACAUUAAUAAAAAGGAAGAGUUUAAUAUCAAAUUUACGUUGAUUAAAUAACAAAAAAAUUUUUUAUAUCAUUUAGAUGACCAUCGAGUGCCUAAGAUGAAGCCCAAGGGAGCGUAUUUCCUUGAAAAGGAAUUGAGAGGACGUAUCUCUGUUUUCGAGGCUAUAUGCCUCUUUAAUAAUUUUCGUUUAAUUAGUAUUAUUAAGUUGUUUUUUAUUGGAUAUUUAUUAUCCUGUCCUGUGAUAAAGGAUGCCACUGGUUAGUUUAUAGAUUCAUCGCCACAUCCAAUGUGAAUUCCUCUCAUUUAAUUUAAGUUCUUUUGUAUUCGAUGGAAAUUACUUCCAUUUUUUCUAAUUUUUUAUGUUAAUUCAAUUGAAUAAAUCGAGAAUUGAAAAAACUGGUUACUGUUGAUGGCUGGGGAAUAUUGUUAGUCAAUAAUUGAUCUACAUCCACCCUGGAAAUAUUGACAUUCUCUUAAUUUAUUAAAUUACUAAAUUGAGAGAUUCUUACAAAAUGCAUUAUUCAUCGUAUUGAAUAAGUGUUCACAAAUAUUGAACUAAGAAAAUUGCUUCAUCACAUUUUCUCUUCAUCGAUCUAUUAAAUCCAUAAUUGAACCAUAAAGUUAAAAAUAGUAGUGGAGAAAUAAAUUGCUGUGAUUUAAUGUUUAUUGCAUUCCUAAAAAAAAUUAUGUUCAAUUUCAUUUAAUUUUUCAUUACAAUUCUGUUCAGACUUACACCAAGUACACCAAUUUACAAUAGACAUAAACCUAAAAUAUCAACUGAAAAUUAUAGAAAAAUGCAAAAAUGUUGACACAAUAUUUUCCUCCAAUGUGUUCAAACGAAAUAUAAUGUUUUUGACGCUUA